AUGACUCUCAAUUCGAACCCUCAGGCCCGCAUCUCGCAUCUGCCGCGAGUAGAUGGCUCGGCAACGUUUUCAAGGAGUGGUUAUUGCGUGGUUGCGGCCGUCAAUGGGCCGAUUGAGGUCCAACGACGAGACGAGAACCCCUUCGAAUCAGUCGUCGAUGUUGUCGUACGACCUGCUGCAGGGGUCGGAGGCACAGGAGAGCGCCAACUCGAGAAUAUUUUGCGUUCCGCCCUUCGCCAGCUGAUUCCUGUCAAAAAGUUUCCUCGUUGUCUCAUUCAGGUCACGCUUCAGGUGACUGAGACGCCGCAGAACGACUAUGCGAACAGCAAAGUAGUCCAGGCUCAUUCUAGUCUGCCUCAGUUACCGGCUCUCUUUCACAGCGCCAUCUUGGCCUUGCUGUCGGCUGCCGUGCCUUUGAAGGCUAUUGCCACAUGCGCCACUUUGGCCGUCGUCGAGAAGGGUGACAAGAUCAUCGUUGACCCUUCUCCUCUGGAGAUAGACCAGUCAAAAUCGCUCCACGUUGUCAUAUUUACGUCGCAGAACGACCUUUUGUUGCUGGAGAGCGAGGGAACUUUCUCCAUGGCCGAGUGGGAUGAAGUGAUUAGCAAAGGUCAACUAGUGUGCAGCCAGCAUCGUCAAGCGGAGGUGGGCGCGGCCAUGGACGACGACAGCCAAGACACAACCGACAUGCAGCAGUUCAUCCGGACCGUCAUGGAAUCGAAGGCUGCGUAA